AUACUUUAAAUGAUCAAGACCUGGGACACGUAAAUAAGUUUUGAAAAGACAUGAAGUUCAUCCAUUUUCUUGUUAUCAUCUUGUCAAUCUCAUGGGUGCAUUCUGCGACUAAGUUUGUCUUGGUGGGCAGUCUGGGUGACCUGGCAAAGAAAUAUCUCUGGUCAGCUUUAGAGGAGAAUGUUUGGAACUCGGAUAAAGAGCUGGAAAUAUAUGGAGCCAGUAGGAACCCUGUUCCAGAGGGACAGUUGAAAUUAGCUGAGAUAUUGGAUAAAUUGCCAAAACGUUAUUCGCCCCUGGACGGUCUGGAAGAAAAGUUAAAUGCAGCUUUCAGCAAACUUCCUGAUGGAAACAAGAUUUUAUCAGAGAGUAAAGAAACAGCCAAUGUUAUACUUCAAAAACUGAAUGUAUUUGGAGAAAAUCUCAAAGAGAAAACAAAUGGUUUGUUUAAUAAGUUAACUCAGCCCCAUAGUGAGAUGAAAAAUGAUUUUUCUCUACUUUUCAAUGCCAUUUCUGAUGUUGGGGAGAAAGUUUUCGAUGGCGGACAAGAUGCUCUUGGUAAAUUUCUCCCUGAAUUUAAUAAGGUUGUUGAUGAUUUUGCUAAAAAAUCGCCAAAGUCAUCGGAGGAACUGAUGUCAGCUAUUAAGAUUCUUCUCAAACACAGUCAGGGCCGGUUGUCUGAAAGUAAAGAUGCUGCAAUUGGUUUCCUUAAUGGUAUCUUAAUGGCAGGUACGCCAUUUCAAGACAGAGUCACCUAUCUCCAACUUAAAACUGAUGCUCACUUUGCAGAUUUUUGUGGGGAUGUAAAAAAUGGGCUGGUAAUAUUCUACCUUUCCAUUCCUCCUUCAGCUUAUAUUACUACAUCUGAGAUGAUCUCAAAGCACUGUAGAAAAGAUGGGGUCACACUUAGGGUUGCAUAUGAGAAACCGUUUGGUUACGGAUUGGACUCAGCUGAACAACUCUUCUCCUCCCUUGAUCGUCUAAUCGGAAACGAUAAUAUCUACCUAAUUGAUCAUUAUCUUGGAAAAUCUAUCACACAACAAAUUCCUCUCCUGAGAAGAUCAGAUAAAGAGAUUGAAGCGCUGCUAAACAAUGAUAAUGUACAGAGUAUUCAUGUUCGUCUUCUUGAAGAGGUGGACUGCGAAGGACGCGCUGGGUACUAUGACAAAAGUGGUGUUUUUCGUGAUAUGUUACAAAACCAUGCUACUGAACUUCUAACUCUAAUCACUGCAGAUGUCAAUAGACCUGACUUUGCUGCUGCAAAAUCCGAGGUUUUGAAGUCGCUGACAAAGCCAAAUAAGCACCAAGUUGUGGUGGCUCAGUAUCAUAGUUACCGAGAACAUGUGGGCGGCAAGUCAUUGACACCAACGUUUGCUUCAGUUUUGUUUUUGUCUGAUUUAAGUCGUUGGGAAGGGGUCCCCCUAAUUUUGACUUCUGGUAAAUCGCAGAAUUCUGAUAAAAAAGAUAUUGAGGUCAAUCUCAAAUCAGGCGGUAGGCUUCACAUCAACUUCAAGCCUCCUGAAAUUAAACUGAAUGGCAGAAGCCUGCUACCUGAGUCCUUUACCGCUGCAAGUAACAGCUACGUAACCCUUCUGAGCAACGUCCUGGAUGGCAACAAGACUCUUCUCCCCGACAUCAACACAGUCCUUGCUUCUUGGAAUAUCUGGGAUCACGUGAUCAACCUAAAACACAGUCUCCUACUCCAUCCCAACCACAAAAACAUGGCAGUGAGUAACUUUGGCAAGUUUCUAAUAGCUGGAUACACUGAAAACCCCAUGGAAGAAGAGCAUAUCAAGUUUUUUAACAAAGCGUUCAUGGUAAGCGACCACGAGGAGCACCUGUACGAGCAUGUGGUCCAUGAUAUUGUGCGGGUUAUUGGGGAGACUUUAGAGGGCUCAGACAAAGUUCACAUAGCUGUAAGUGGAGGUAGCACUAUUCUGGGGGUUUACAAAUAUUUGGUAGCUUAUUCCAGUAAGAAGAAUCUGCCGUGGAAGAAGGUUCAUAUUUGGCAGGUGGAUGAACGGUGUGAAGCUGCACAUGCUAAUGCUAGGGAUUUAAAGGAGUUCUUGUUAGGUGACAUUCCGGACAUUUCUCCGUCUCAAGUGCAUUUUAUGCCAGUUUCUGAAGCUGGCUGUGGUGACAUAUCUGCAUACCAGAAGGAGUUUUUAUCUGCUAAUCCCAAAGGAAAGUUUAACUAUAUAAUUCUUGGCUUAGGAAGUGAUGGUCACACAGCGUCUUUAUUUCCCAGUUCUAAACCAAUCUCAAAGACUGCAGAUUUCAAACACGUUGAGGUUGAUACGGGAAUCUCGCCUGGGAGAAUGACAGUCACAUUUGAUCUGAUCAAUAGAUCUGAUUGGGUGUCGAUAUUGGUAACAGGAUCUGAUAAAAGAGAUAUUAUCAAAGAUAUCAAACAGGGAAAGAAGUUCCCAGUUUCUGAGGUUGUUAAUGCUCAGUUGACGUGGUUCAUUGACGAAAUUCUGCUUUAAAAUGUUAAAACCGAUCUUUUGUUAUUGUUCCGUUACCGCUGUAUUGAGUUUUUACAUGUUUUUUUACAUGUUUUUCAUUUUGUUUUUGACUAACUCAGACCCAUUUAGAUGAAUUAUGUUUUGUUGAUUGUAUUUUGUUUCAGUUUAGUUUUAGCUUGAUUUUUUUCCUUUUGAAGUUGUGAUGAUAUAUUGUAAAUAAUUGUUAUAUAUAUAUAUAUAUAUACUUGAAUGAAAUAUAUCAAUUGACAUAUUAAU